UUAAAAAGAAAAUUGUGCAAGCUUUCCUUUAAGAUGUUGCAGUUGCAGAGACUAAAACCCUAACCUCAGUCCUGAGUUCCGACUCAAAAACCCUUGCAAGUGGAAUCAGCGGCAGAACGAGAUGACACAGAAAUCUAAUCUUUUCAAAGGGCAAAAGAAGAAUAAAUCAGUCCCUCCCAAUCGCCAUGGAAAAGCGCCGUCUGUUCGUAAAGGGAAGAGAUUCGUUAAGCCAUCAAAGUUAACAAAGGAGAUGGAUGCCGAUCGUGAGGUGAGCAAGUUCAUUAAUCACUGCAAUGAGAUUAAAGCCGCUACUUUUGCUCAGAAGGAUGGUGGCCAGCUAAGCAUAGUUAAAUUGCCACCGGAAUCUGCAAGUGAUGCGAAUAAAUAGUUGAUAGGAAGGGUGGUUUUGGUAUUUGAUUCUACAUUGCAUGUAACACAGCGAGUUUGUUGUGAAUUGUGAUGUCAGAGCAAUUUGGAUGCCUUUCUAUCCAUGUGUUUUUAUUUUGUGGAGUAUGUAUUGUUGAUAGUAACUGACGAAGUUUUCGUAACUCAAUGGAAAUUGUAGUCAUUCAAUGCUCAUUUUCUAGUAAUUUACUCCAUAUUUUUUGGCCUCCCUA